GAUAAAAGAAUUUGCAGACCCAAUAAUUCCAGCGGAUUAGUUUUUAUAAAAUAUCUCUUCAGAUCUGUAAAAGUCUAUAUAUACAUAUAUAUAUAUAUACGUACACAUUUUCUGUAGCUCAUGGCAUCUACGGGGCUGAACUACCAGACGUGCGGCUGGUCCUCGCCAACAGCAACCACGCUUCCUCCUCGCACGUGUCUGGGUGCGGCUCGUGUGAACGGAGCAGCGGUGAGCUCGAAGAAGAACAACAAGAAGAGAGGGUUUGAGUUGAGAGCAGUGGCGGCGGCGACGGCGAUGGAGGCAGUGGAGCUGAAGAAGGACAUAGCCGAGUUCUACGACGAGUCGUCUGGGCUAUGGGAGGAUCUCUGGGGCGACCACAUGCACCACGGCUUCUACGACCCCAAGGCCGCCGACGUUUCGGUGUCGGACCACCGGGCGGCCCAGACCCGGAUGAUCGACGAGGUGCUCCGGUUCGCAGGGAUUUCUGACAAGUGUCCAAUUGGGAAUGUAGUGGAUGUUGGGUGUGGGAUUGGAGGGAGCUCCAGAUAUCUGGCUGGCAAAUACGGGGCCAAUUGCAAAGGGAUUACUCUGAGUCCUGUACAGGCUCAAAGGGCCAAUGCUCUUGCUGCUGAUCAAGGCCUAGCCAAUAAGCAGGCAUCCUUUCAAGUUGCUGAUGCUCUAGCACAACCAUUUCCUGAUGGCCAAUUUGAUCUGGUUUGGUCCAUGGAGAGUGGGGAACACAUGCCUGAUAAAGCAAAGUUUGUUGAUGAGUUGGUUCGAGUUGCGGCACCAGGAGCAACGAUAAUACUAGUUACAUGGUGCCACAGGGAUCUUGGUGCUUCUGAACAAUCAUUGCAGCCAGAUGAGAAAAAGCUCCUGGACAAGAUAUGCAAUGCUUUCUAUCUUCCAGCUUGGUGUUCUACUGCUGACUACCUCAAGCUACUUGAGUCCUACUCACUCGAGGAUAUCAAGGCUGAGGACUGGUCUCCGUAUGUAGCCCCAUUUUGGCCGGCAGUGAUUCGCUCAGCAUUGACAUUUAAGGGUUUCUUUUCUCUGUUGCGCACAGGAACGAAAACAAUAAGAGGAGCAUUGGCAAUGCCAUUGAUGAUCCAAGGAUUCAAGAAGGAUCUAAUAAAGUAUUCCAUUAUUACAUGCCGAAAACCUGAAUAGACCACAGUAUGAUGGGGGUUUCUACACAGUCAGGAUCAAAAUCAAUAAGUGAAGCAUGAUAGUGCUGCUGGUGAUCAAAGGACACAUGAAAGGUCCAAGUAUUCGGAAAUUACUUAUCGAAAGCCUUAGUAUGUUGGGGUUUCUACUCAAUGUUAGUGCAGUUUUAAUUUGUUAGUUUUCAAGUCUUGGGGAUGGCUAGAAACAAAAACAGUAGAUGCAUCCUGUUUAUCCCAAUAAUUUGUGCUGGAUGCGCCUUUUCCACCGUGAGGCAACUUAUUGUAGUCAUCAGUCAUCACACAAUUUCUCUCUAUA